AUGGCCUCGCCGCCUGCCGCGCAGCCGUGUACUCCGGGCGGGUAUAAUACUGGUUUGCACGCGGCAGCAUUGGACAACGAUGAUGAGCUCAUGCAUACCCUUCUUUCGAGUGGAUCGGCCGACAUUGAUCGGCGGGGCAAUCCACUUGGCUGGACUCCGCUCAUGGUCGCUGCCGGUGAGGGUCACUCGCAAGUUGUUGGGAUCUUGCUGAACAAGGGAGCGGACUUGUCGGUAGUAAACGAUUUGGGUUCUACUGCCCUGUUCAUCUCUGUUUCUCAUAGGCACGUAGCUGUGACGAGGAUGCUCGUGAAUGCGGGCGCCAAUCUCGAAGCGGCGGAACUAACGUUGGGGUGGACUCCGGUCAUGAUGGCUGCCUACCAGGGCCACUCGAAAGUUCUUGGGAUCUUGUUAAACAAGGGAGCUGACUUGUCGGUAGUGGACAAGUCGGGUUCUACUGCUGUGAUCAUCGCUGCUCGUGUGGGACACGUAGCUGUGACGAGGAUGCUCGUGACUGCAGGUGCUAAUCUCGAAGCGGCGGAGCCACAGGGAUGGACACCGCUCAUGGUGGCUGUCUACAACGGCCACUCGCAAGUUGUUGGGAUCUUGCUAAACAAGGGAGCUGACUUGUCGGUAGUGGACAAGUCGGGUUCUACUGCUCUGAUCAUCUCUGCUCAUUUGGGACACGUAGCUGUGACGAGGAUGCUCGUGAAUGCCGGCGCCGAUCUCGAAGCGGUGGAGCCACAGGGAUGGACGCCGCUCAUGGUGGCUGUCUACAACGGCCACUCGCAAGUUGUUGGGAUCUUGCUGAACAAGGGAGCUGGCUUGUCGGCAGUGGACACGCGGGGUGCUACUGCUCUGAUCAUGUCUGCUGGUUAUGGGCACGUAGCUGUGACGAGGAUGCUCGUGAAUGCCGGCGCCGAUCUCGACGGGGCGGAUUCUGCGGGAUUCACGCCACUUCACAUGGCUGCUGUCAACGACCAUUCCGAGCACGCAACGGUAGUACGAAAGCUGAUACAGCAACUCGGGAUCCAAGGCUGUGGCGGUGCAAGCGCCGGCGCAGAUGCUUUAAGACGGGCGGUACGGACCCAGCAAUAUGAUAUCGUGGUCAUGUUGGCGGACGCCGGAGUAAUCGACACAGGCAGAGUCCUGAUCGAUGCUACGAAAUUCGGCAGCGAGGCAUCAGUGAAAAUCCUCUUGCAGCAGCAACGGUGGAAACACAUGGACUGGAAUACAUACGUCAACAAAAAACACCCAGACGGCAGAACACCAGUAGUGUGUAGCAUUGGGCGUGCCCUCCUAUCAGGCUCUCCCAGGGUUCUGCGGCUAUUUCUGGACGCCGGUGCUGACACGGCAUCGACCGUUAGAAUUGCCAACAAGGAAGGAGUAGAAGUAUUCAGCGGCACGCCUCUGGCUUACACGACCUGGCUUCUCCGUGAUCAACAAGCCCAAGCAAUCGACUCCACGAAGGGACAGCCGUGCGGCCUGAAGGCCGUCUGUCGCAUGUUGUUGCAACUGGAGGCAAUACGCGCGGUCUCUUGGUGCUGGCAAAGCGAUGCCUCAUCACCUAUCGAACGAGCUGUAAUGGAUGGCACACCGAGAGCCAAGUCUAAGCUGACAACGGACCCGCCGCUGGGUUUGACACUACCAAGGACGAGGAGGAGGGCUCGGGCGCAUCGGGUGCUCGUGAUGGCCAUUUCCAGGCCCAUGGUGUGUGUCCUCAGCCUUGACCACGAGAUACUGGUAUAA